UGAUGAUAAAACAGCCCCCGAAGCGUGCAACGGGUGAGCCCGCAGGCUCCACGCGGACGCGGCCAUGCUGUGCACUCCGCCUCCGCCCCAGCCGCCGCUGCAGUCAUCGCGGCGCCCGCGCCCGCUCCCGCUCCGGGCCGCGCCACGAUGCUCCAAGCCCAACGACGCCGAGCCCUCGCCGUCCCCACCGUCCACCGCGGCCGCCGGCGGCGUCCGGCGCCAGGUGCUCUCGCCCGAGGGCCGCGCGAAGCUGGACCCGCGGCCGGACCGCGACUUCUACGCGCUCCCGCGCCUGGUGACGCACGUGGACGACGGCUUCAUCGCCACGCUCACGGGCCUCUACCGGGAGCGCCUCCGCGCCGGGUGGGACGUGCUGGACCUCAUGAGCUCCUGGGUCAGCCACCUGCCGCCGGAGGUCCGGUUCCGGCGCGUCGUCGGCCACGGGCUGAACGCGCAGGAGCUCGCCAGGAACCCGCGCCUGGACCUCUUCUUCGUCAAGGACCUCAACAAGGAGCAGCGGCUGGAGCUGGAGAGCGGCACCUUCGAUGCCGUGCUCUGCACCGUCAGCGUGCAGUACCUGCAGUCCCCUGAAAAGGUUUUCGCGGAGAUCUUCCGGGUGCUGAAGCCAGGGGGCGUGUGCAUCGUCAGCUUCAGCAACCGGAUGUUCUACGAGAAGGCCAUCAGCGCGUGGCGGGACGGGACCGCGUACAGCCGCGUGCAGCUCGUCACGCAGUACUUCCAGUGCGUGGAGGGGUUCACGCAGCCCGAGGUGAUCAGGAAGCUGCCGUCGGCCGGCGGAUCGCCGUCCUCGCCGCUGGACGCCGUGAUGAGGCUGUUCGGCGUGGCAGGCUCCGACCCGUUCUACGCAGUUAUCUCGUACAGGAACUUCAAGCCAAUGUGACACCCUGAUUGACAGAACCCGUGCAGCAUUGCGAUAUGCAGUGCAUACGAUCUAUAGAAUCACUACUGGUGCAAAGCUAGUUUGUACUUGUACAUGCACACUUCAGCAUUAGCUGUCUAGCUCAGCGGCGGGCAGAUGCAAGUUCGUUCAGAAGCUCAAAACAUCAUCCACCGACCAUCUGAUUCAGAAACAUGCUAGCGAUCCUUCUUAUUACAGAAAGAACCACUCUUUUUUCA